AUGAAAUCGAAGAUAUCAAUCGUCUGCUUUGGCUUAACCAUUUUCGGUUUGGUAAGAGACAUAAAAUGUGGUAAAGAAACCGGAAGAUUUGUCGUUCAUUCGACGGCUCAAGGGCCAGCUCCUGCACCUGUGAUUUACAAAAUACCAGCACCAGCACCAUAUCCAUAUCCGCAUCCACCCCAUCCAAGUCCACCGGUACAAUGUUUUUGUCCCCCGGGUCCGCCAGGUCCGCCAGGCUUACCUGGUCCACCGGGCUCUCAAGGUGAAUCGGGAACACCUGGACAUUACGGCCCGAAGGGUGACAAAGGCGAUAAGGGGGACAAAGGUCACUUUGGACCAGCUGGCAUACCUGGACCCCAGGGUCCACCCGGUUAUCCAGGAAAUAAAGGUCAUUAUCAUCCUGGUGGUCCUGGUGGCUACCCAGGAUAUCCGGGACACCCAGGGUAUCCAGGGUAUCCGGGUUACCCAGGCUAUCCAGGGUACAAAGGAUAUCCACACAAAGGAUUUCCACACAAAGGAUAUCCACACAAAGGGUAUCCACACAAAGGGUAUCCACACAAAGGAUAUCCACACAAAGGGUAUCCGCAUAAGGGACACCCAGGAUAUCACCACCCAGGAUAUCACCACCCAGGCUGUCAUCACCCAGGCUAUUGCCACCCAGGACAUCCACAUCCACAUCCACAACCGCCAGGACCAACACCUCCAGAUUUAGGACCUCCACCUUUAGAGGACGCAACCUUUGACUGGGAUCAAUGGGAUGAGCGAAUACACCUAAUUGAGGGCGACAAUGACAUGGAAGAUUUCGAAAAUCUCAAUGAUGAAAAUACUUUGGAUCAAGACUUUAUGAAAGAAUCAGCGGGUCAGCGUUACUCCACAGAAUCUUUGUCCGACGAUGUUGAAUUGGUUGAAAAUAUGACUGAUAAUGAUGAUAUGAGUAACGAAGACGGUUUGGAAUCUAACAAUGUAUCAGAAAAUGAACAAAAUAAUCAGCCCGAAUCCUAUACAGACGAUUACAGUGAAGACAACCAGCCAGUUGAGAAUAAUGAUGCGCAAGAGCGGAGCAUCACAGGGCCAAUUAUCUUAGCAAUUAGUACGCCUCGUAACCCAUUUCACUCCUUUCGUACGAUAAAACCUAUAAAUAAAAAUUAA